AAACACAUGUGGAAACUGUGAACUUCAGGCACUUCGAUCAAAUCUAGAAAAUUUCGCUUGUCUUAUUAUAACCAAAGUUCACACGCCGCGCCGGUUUUAUUCGAACAAGUUAGAAUAUUCUAGAUUUCGAAUACAUUGAGACAUUAAUCAGUCAGUCGAGGUUUUGCUUUCUUUUGUUUCUUCAAACUUGCCAAAUAAAUUAAAAUGGCUAGCGCAGUGAAACGACUUAUUCCUUUGCUCGACCGUGUUUUAAUCAAAAGAGCAGAAGCUGUCACAAAAACUGCCGGAGGCAUCGUGAUUCCAGAAAAAGCACAAUCCAAGGUACUUCAUGGAGAAGUUGUCGCUGUUGGUCCUGGAUCAAGAAAAGAAAACGGUGAAUUUAUUCCUGUUCUAGUAAAAGUGGGCGAUAAGGUCCUACUCCCAGAAUACGGCGGUACAAAAGUUAACCUAGAAAAUGACGAGAAAGAAUACCACCUCUUCAGAGAAUCCGAUAUAUUGGCGAAAAUCGAGAACUGAUUUUCUCAUUAAGUAAUUUUAAUUUUGUGGUUCUGAUUCUGUUUAGUUAUUUAGAAGUUGUAGCGAAUGAAUAAAUGAUAUGAUUGUGUAAUACUUGGAUGCUGUUGCAUUGGCGUUAUCUGUUGCAUUUCUUAUUAUAAAUAUUGUUAUUAAA